AUGAUUAAGGAUAUUCCAGUGCUGAAGAGUGCCAUUGCAAGAACCUUUGACAGGCUCUCCGGKAUCCGUAUGUCAUCAGAACUUUAUUGGAAAUCACUGUUUGGCUGGGAAAUGCUUGCAACUCUUUUUCACGCCAUUCAGAUUGACUUGAACAAGAAAAUCAAACUUUACGAAAAAGCUUUUGAUUUUCCAGUUGUAGUCCUCGAUGAAAACAACAAUAACCACAAAGAAAACAAGCCAUCAAGUCUCUUUGCUCAAGCCAGAGGCAAUCGUCCACUUGUUCUCAACUUUGGAAGCUGCACUUGUCCCAUUUUCACUUACCAACUGAGCAAAUUUCGUGCCAUUGUGAGAGAAUUUGAAGAWGUUGCUGAUUUUGUACUUGUUUACAUCGAGGAAGCACACCCUGCUGAUGGCUGGGCAUUCCAGCAGAGCGAUCUCCAAAUCAACACUCAUCAUUCCAUUGAAGAUCGCUAUCAUGCGGCACAAUUACUUCAAACCAAGUUCAACCCAGGUUGUCCAGUGCUUUUGGACAGCAUGUUGGAUACUGGAAACAUCGCUUACGGAGCUACCCCGAUACGUCUGCAUGUUGUCCAGAAUGAGAACCUCGUGUACCAGGGUGGACCUGGACCAUUCCAGUACAAUCUGGACGAGCUGAGGGAAUGGUUAGUUACUCGGUUCAAGAAUGAACCAUGAUUCAGAUGAAAUUGUCAAGCUACAACUGAGUAGUUUUUCAARACUUACUUUCCAUGACUGGAGAAGCCAACUGAGGGGAU